CAGUGUACGCGGGUGCGCGGCCGGGGCGGCCGGGCGGCGGGGCGGCGAGGCGGCGAGGCGGGACCUGGGCCUGGGACCCCCGGGCGGGGCGAAGGGCCGCAGACUUCCCGACUCCACUGCCAGGCUGGGCCCGGCGGGCAGUCCGGCGAGCGGGGCGCGGGGCCGCCUCACGGGGCGCGGGCGCAGGUGGCCCGGCGCCCUGUGGAGCCCUGGCGCUCCGGAGCGCGAUAGGAGAUCGAUAGCAGCUCCCGCGGCACCAUGACUCGGGCAGCCGAGGCCCCGCCAGCCGGCCGGGAAGCGGUCCGAGGUGGCCCGGCGGGCGGCGCGGCGGCAGGUGCUGGGGUGCAGUAGCGGAUAGGGCGGGCGCGCGGCCCUCGAGCUCCAACUCCAGCCCGGGCCCAAGCAAGUUGCGCCGGCGGCGGAGAGCCGGGCUGCAGGGCCACCGGCCCGCCAUGCCGGCGGUCAAGAAGGAGCUCCCAGGCCGCGAGGACCUGGCCCUGGCUCUGGCCGCCUUCCGUCCGACCCUGGCCGCACUACCACUGCCGCCGCUCCCAGGCUACCUGACACCACUGCCAGCUUCGGCCGCCCUGCCCCCGGCCGCCUCGCUACCCGCCGCGACCGCCGGCUACGAGGCGCUGUUGGCUCCGUCACUCCGCUCGCCGCGCGCCUACCUGAGCCUACACGAGGCCGCCCCGUACCUCCACCUGCCCCGGGACCCCCUGGCCCUCGAGCGCUUCUCUGCCACUGCGGCCGCAGCACCGGAUUUCCAGCCGCUGCUCGACAACGGCGAGCCGUGCAUCGAGGUGGAGUGCGGCGCCAACCGCGCGCUACUUUACGUGCGCAAACUCUGCCAGGGCAGCAAAGGUCCGUCCAUCCGCCACCGCGGGGAGUGGCUCACACCCAACGAGUUCCAGUUCGUCAGCGGCCGGGAGACGGCCAAGGACUGGAAGCGCAGCAUCCGCCACAAAGGAAAAAGUCUGAAGACGCUUAUGUCCAAGGGGAUUCUGCAGGUGCACCCUCCGAUCUGCGACUGUCCAGGCUGUCGAAUAUCCUCCCCAGUGAACCGGGGGCGGCUGGCAGACAAGAGGACGGUUGCCCUCCCCACUGCGCGGGUCCUAAAGAAGGAGCUGACCACCAGCUUCUCGGCCAGUGAUGGUGACAGCGAUGGGAACGGCCCCGCCUACGGGCAGCGGCCAGGCUUGAAGCAGGAGGACAGCCCCCAUGUCCGUAUCAUGAAGAGAAGAGUCCACACCCACUGGGACGUGAACAUCUCCUUCCGAGAGACGUCCUGCAGCCAGGACAGUGACCUGCCCACCCUCAUAUCCAGCGUCCAUCGUAGCCGCCACCUCGUUAUGCCCGAGCAUCAGAGCCGCUGUGAAUUCCAGAGAGGUGGUGUGGAGAUCGGCCUGGGAGCUGCAGGUGACCUGUUGGGCAAGAGGCCAGGCCGCACCCCCCACGUCAGCGGUGAGUGCCCACUGGAGAAGAAGGCACGAAGCAAGCCACCCCAAGAGACUCUGUUGCUGCCAGAACUAGGGCCCAGCAUGGCCCCUGAGGAUCACUACCGCCGGCUUGUGUCUGCCCUGAGUGAGGCCGGCACCUUUGAGGACCCGCAGCGUCUCUACCACCUGGGCCUCCCCAGCCACGAUCUCCUGAGGGUCCGGCAAGAGGUGGCAGCAGCAUCUGUGAGGAGCCCCAGUGGCCUGGAAGUCCACUUACCCUCAUCCACGGCAGGUCAGCGCCGAAAGCAGGGCCUGGCUCAGCACCGAGAGGGCACCGUGCCAGCUGGCACCCCAUCCUUCUCAGAGAGGGAACUGUCGCAGCCGCCCCCGUUGCUGUCGCCCCAGAAUGCCCCUCACAUCGCCCUGGGCCCCCACCUUCGGCCUCCCUUUCUGGGGGUGCCCUCGGCCCUGUGCCAGACCCCAGGUUACGGCUUCCUGCCCCCUGCCCAGGCGGAGAUGCUCGCCCGGCAGCAGGAGCUCCUGCGGAAGCAGAACCUGGCCCGACUGGAGAUGUCGGCAGAGCUGCUGCGUCAGAAGGAGCUGGAGAGCGCGCACCGGCCGCAGCUGCUGGCGCCCGAAGCCGCCUUGCGCCCCGCCGACGGCGCCGAGGAGUUGCAGCGGCGCGGGGCCAUGCUGGUGCUGAGACACAGCUCCGCGCCGCUGCUGGCCCUGCCCCCCCAGGGACCCCCGGGCCCCGGCCCACCCACCCCUCCCCGGGAGCCUGUCCGCCGAGCCCCUCGGAAGGGGGGACCCAGCCCUGCCUCAGCCCACUCCAGUGAGUCCAAGGAGACCACGGGGGCUGGGCUCUGGGCACAAGAUGGCUCUGAGGAUGAGCCCCCAAAGGAUUCAGAAGGAGAGGACCCUGAGAUGGUGGCCGCCGGGGGCCAGGGCCCCACCCUGGGCCAAGCCCCAACUGGAGGGGCCAGCCCUGAGGGGAAGGGGCUUCUCUCAGGGUCCAUGCUGCCCCCUCCACUGCCCCUGGGCUUACCCUACGCCGUCAGCCCCUACUUCCACACAGGCACCAUGGGGGGACUCUUCAUGGAUGGGGAGGAGGCCACAGCCCCUGAGGACCUCAGCAAGUGGACAGUGGACGAUGUCUGCAGCUUUGUGGGGGGCCUUUCUGGCUGUGGAGAAUAUGCACCGGUCUUCAGAGAACAGGGGAUCGACGGGGAGACCUUGCCCCUGCUGACAGAGGAGCACCUCCUGACCACCAUGGGGCUGAAGCUCGGGCCUGCUCUCAAGAUCCGGGCCCAGCCGCCACUCCAGGGAUCUGCACAGGGCUCGGUACUUUCUGGUCUUUCAUGUUGCGAAAAUAAAGCCCAGUCCACCAUCUACUGCCCUCCCCCGCACCGCGCAGGCCCUGGCCUCGGGUCUCAGCACCGGCCAAGAAGACACAAGCCUGGCUGCCUGGUAAGGUGGGAACACUGCACGGCAGUCCCCGCAGGCCCCGCCCCAGGCCAGCAGCCCUCAAUCCUCCUCAGAGAGCUGUAGCUCCUCCAACUCAUCCUCUGGUCCCUGGGCCAGCCGCCACAGUUCCCCGAGGUGCAGCCCCGCCUCUGUGUCUGGGUCUCCAUCUGCAGGGAGAGACCGAGGCUACAUAAAUUCUGCUUUAUCAGGACGAAGCCAGCCUUGGAGAUUACUCAUCACUAAUUAAUCACAGCCCUAAUUAAUUUAUUGGUGCCACUGUUACUGGCUGCCAGAGACAGCGGGAACGGAGCAGCUGGCGUGGCAACCUCAAGGAGGGGUGUGAGCCCAGCUUAGAGCCAUUCUCCCACCCAGUGGCCCCACCCACCCACCGGCCAAGUGACGCCCACGACAGCCUUGGGUUCCUGAACAGACAGGUUCAAAGGGCCACAGCACCACCCCUCACUCCCAGGAAUCACUCACCCUUUGAAUUGCUGAUUUCCUCUUGGCUGCUAAGGCUGCCAUCCUCCUCCUCCUUUUCCUCCUCUACCCUCUGCCAAGCUCUCGGGGACCCAGGCAUCCCUGGGGACCAAGAAGAACCCAUGGGAGUAAGCCCACCAGCAAAUACAUACUGGGGACAGCUAAUGUAGGAGUGUGGGCCAGGCUCAGAACCCCGUACCCACCCACCCUUCCCUCAGGCCCCCUUCAUACAGGUGGAAAGGAUUCAGAAGUGUCCAGCCAACAGUACAGGUGAGGGAAUAAGGUCUUGGGACACGUGUCCCAACUCUGGGAGGCCCUCACCUCAAAGCAAGUGAAGUGGUGGGAGAAGGCGCACCGCAAACGUGAGCAGCCAGGGGGAAGCAGGCACCCUCUUCUGGUUCCGUGAGAUGCAUCAGGAAGCCUUCCAGGGCCACCUACCCCUUCCCCACAGGGAGCUCAGGCUCAGGAGCCCAGGCCCCUACCUCUCUCUGAGAAAUCCAUGGCACUGUCUUCCUCGUCACUGUCCAGAUCAAAGAGGUCCUUAAAUUCCACUCUGUCUUCAUUCUUAUUGCCUCCCACUUUCCGCCGCUUUAUCUCUGGGAAGUUCAGGUCUUCCAGCUGGAAAGACCCAAAACCAGAGUAGUGAGGGUGGUCUGGUGGCCAUGAGAGAACCCACCUGGCCCAAUCCCCAACCCACCAUGUCUCGGCCCCGGGCCCCACCCUCCACCUCAAGGCUUAGCUCACAGCCACAGCUGGGUCACAUCAUGCGUCAUGCAGCAAGAGCCCUGACCGCAGCUACUGUCCUUCCCUCCCAUUCCCAAAGACGGACUUUACCCAAACCCAGCAUCCUAUUCCCUUUUCCAUUUCCCUUCAGGCCUUGCCUCCCAACCCGUCCCCCACACAGACUCUGCUUGGCCAACUUGGUAGACAUCGCCGGGUAGGACUCCUGGACAGCCACCCUGCCAGGCAGGUGAGGGGGCCCCAGCCACGCACACUGGCCACUAAGUACCAUCAAAAGCAUAGUUACACCCACUGGCUAAAGGCCCAGCUACAGCCCCCCCCGCCCCCGCCACCUGUGUGUCUCCACAUCUUUAGCCAUCACGUCAUGGGAUGGCAGACCCGUGAUACCAGGACAGGGAUACAGUCACAGGCAUGCCACUCAGCACGAAACUGUCCCCUCAAGUCACACCAUGCCACACCCCCUGGCACAGCUCCUCCUGCCCCUCCCUGCCUGCCCUCCUGGUGUCCACAGGCUGGCCUGAGAAGUAAGGUCAGUCUGGCCACUUAUUCCCCCAAAAUCCCCAGCCCAGUCAGGCCUGACAAGGCGUAAGGACCUCCUCCUGGAGGUCAUGAGAGAAGCCCCCUGGUCACCCAGUAAUGCAUGAUGUCUGCCCCUCCAGAGCAGCCCCAGGACGGGCUGCAGCUGGGAACAGGCCCCAACCGUCCUGGUGACAUCGUCCCUGAGACUAUUUCCUCCCACAAGCCCCCUUCCCCACUCUGGUCUUAAAGUCAGAGCCAGGGUGCUAGACCCUGGUCUCAGAACAAACCAGGUGGUCAUGCCCACAUCCCCGCUCCGAACCUCCUCUGCAGACAUACCCGCUCUUUGCCACUGAUCUCCAGCUGGAUCUCUCGCUCUCUCAGCUUCCGCCACUGGCUAUAGUACUUGGUGAGAGGUGUCCCCUCUUCUCGGGUCUGCUUCUCCCAGGUGUCCUAUGGGGAGAGUUUCAGGAUCAUGUCCACCCUGGGGAAACCUCCAAACCCCAGCCCUACACUGACUAGUGCCCUCAGGCAGUGCUGCCCACCCCACCCACCCAGACACCAGCUCCCAACUGACCACUGCAUGCUGGUCAGCCACACCGAAGGAGGCCCUCUGGCGGCGACUGCAGAUAUACUCAGCAUUCUCCUGCACCUUCUCUAGCAGCUGGCGUAGCUGCCGACAGUAGUUGGCCACCUUGCAUUCCCGGAGGAAGGAUUUCAACUGCAAAAGGAAGGGGGGGGGGGGGGCGGUGCUCAGCCUAGGUCCAGGCACAGACCAUGAUCUGCCGGGAUCACACAUGACCACAGGGAGGUGAUGGGGGAGCAGGAAACGUGUGUCUCACAGCCCUAGGGCACACAGUUGGGGAACGGGGCAGUUACAUUGGUGUGGGGUGGGGGCCGCGGCGUGGUGCCGCAUGACCCCUGUUGUUUGGGCCCUGUGGGGGCUGGAGAGCAGACGGCCCACCCUACGGGCCGGGCAGAGGAACAGGCGGCAUGGAUCUACCCUCCAGGUCACAUCCCACCCUCAGCCUGUCUGUGUAAAUAAAGCUGUAUUGAUACACAUCCACACUCCUUCA